AUGCCCAACGGUUGCAGGUCAUUCUUUGAGCUCUUGGAGGUCUUAUUUUGCGAAGGGUCUGGUUUUAGGUGUGCUCUGUUUGCUAAAGUAGCAUGGUGCUUGUGGCAGCGGCGAAACAAACUAAGGGUGCAACAACAAACUUGGCAACUGCACGAGAUUGGGGAUAGAGCUAAGGCGCUUGUUCAGGAGUUCUGGGAUGCUAAUCAUAGGGAGCAGCAGCUGCCUACCCGUCGUCCUCCUGUUCGCUGGUCCCCUCCACCUGAAACUAGCUAUAAAGCUAAUUUUGAUGCUGCCAUUUUUGACGGAACGAGCUCUGUUGGGAUAGGUGUGGUGUUUAAGGAUCAUUCAGGUAGCAUUAUUGCUGCCUUAAGUCAGAGGAUUGAGUCCUUUCAUUCGGUUGAGGUGGCUGAAGCUUUGGCUGCGAGGCGAGCUGUGAUGCUGGCUAAGGGAGCUUAG